UAAAACCCGGAAGUGUUUAGACGGUAAACAGAGGGCGCGUCUACCGAUCAGAUCUCGGUAAGUGUCAGAGCAAGACCGCUUUUAGGGAGCAAACAGCGUUCUCAAAAAUGUGGGUCUCUAUAGGAUUAAUCGUCGCAGUUUUAUUCGUCGCGUUAUUCCUCAAAUAUGUCUUUGGCACUGCCGGUCCGGGUCCUUUUGACAUCGACACGCGCGAGCCGCCCAAGCCAGUGCAGCUGGAUAAAAAGGAGAGAAACAAAGUGUUGAAACAAGGUUUUUUGGCAAGCAGAGUACCUCAGGACCUUGACGCCAUUGUGAUCGGCAGCGGUAUUGGUGGGCUGGGCAUCGCUGUUCUGCUUGCCAAGGUCGGAAAGAAGGUCCUGGUGCUGGAACAACACGAUCGUGCUGGAGGAUGUUGUCACACCUUCACUGAGAAAGGCUUUGAGUUUGACGUUGGGAUCCACUACAUUGGUAAUCUAGAGGAGAAUGGAAGGUUCCGCUGCAUAGUGGAUCAGCUGACCAAUGGGCAGCUACAGUGGGAGCCGCUGGAAAACCCUUUCGACCAGGUGGUCCUGGGACCGCCGGAGAACCGGCGCAUCUACCCCAUUUACAGUGGCUAUACCCGUUUUCCCGAGGAGCUGAAGAAGUGCUUCCCGGGAGAGGAGAAGGCCAUCGAUGAGUUCAUGAGAUUGGUUAAUAAAUGUAGCCAUAGCGUGUGGAUGAUGAUGGUCCUGAAGGCGCUUCCGUCUUCUGUGGCUAACUUCCUGGCAUAUACAGGGCUCGCUAAUCGCCUGUCCUACUUCUUCUCCUAUGGCUCACGCAGCCUGAGCGAGGUGGUGAACAGCCUGACGGAGAAUAAAGAGCUCAGGGCUGUGCUCUGCUACAUCUUCGGCACCUACGGAAACCCCCCAAAAGAAGCCAGUUUCUCCAUGCACAGUUUACUGAUAAACCAUUACUUGCCUGGUGCCUGGUACCCUAGAGGAGGCGCCAGUCAGAUCGCCUAUAACAUGAUCCCCAUCAUCGAGAAGGCAGGAGGAGCUGUGCUCGUCAGAGCACCAGUUAACCGGAUCUUGCUCAACGCUGCCAAUGAAGCUAUAGGGGUAAGUGUGAUGAAGGGACAAGAGGAGGUCCAUGUGCACGCUCCAAUCGUGAUCUCAGAUGCAGGAAUCUUCAACACCUACCAGCAGCUACUGCCUGAAGAGGUGCAGGCUCAGGCAGCGAUCCAGAAGCAGCUGAGUAUGCUGAAGCACGGAGAAGGCGGCCUCAGCAUCUUCCUGGGUUUGAACGGGACGAAAGACGAGCUGGGCCUCAAAGCCGACAACUACUGGAUCUUCUGUGAGAAUAAUCUGGACGAGCAGUUCAGUGGCUAUGUUAAAGGAGAGAGGGAGGAGUCAAUGAAAAACAUACCUCUGAUAUUUGUCGCCUCACCAUCUGCCAAAGAUCCUACCUGGGAGCAGAGAAGUCCAGGUAAGUCCACUCUGUCUGUGGUCAGCUUCACACCUUACUCAUGGUUCGAGGAAUGGAAAGACGGGAAAGUCAAGAACAGAGGUGCCGACUACGAAGAGCUUAAGGAGACCAUCGUCAACUCUGUUUUGGAAGUGUUAACUCAGUUGUUCCCCAAGAUCAAGGACAAGAUCGAGUUUACGGAGGCUGGCACUCCCAUCACAAAUCAGCACUAUUUAGCAGCACCUAAAGGAGAGAUCUAUGGCGCUGACCACAGCACUUCCCGCUUCACUGCAGAAGUCUGCGCCACCAUCAGACCACAAACACCCAUCAAAAACCUCUUCCUUACAGGCCAAGACCUGAUUUCGUGCGGUUUUGCCGGAGCAAUCGCAGGAGCUAUGGUCUGCGGCUCUGCCAUUCUCAACCGCAACCUUUUCAUUGAUGUCCAGGCCCUAAAAAAGAAACUGAAGCAUGCCAACAGUAAAAAAGUCCAGUAAACACAGCAGCAUGCACUCAUCCCCAGCUGAUUGCAGUACCAGCAAGAUGACAAUGAUCAUCACGUAAUCCUCAGUAAAUUAUUAUCUGCUCUGUUAAUUAUACUACAGUCUACAGUAAUGAAUUUCUAUAGAGUUUAAAUUUUGAUAAGAUAUCGGUAUUGCAGACCUCUGUUUUGACACAGUAUUGAUGAUUGUUUUGGGUUUACUAUGUCACUGAAGUCUUUUGCAAAAAAAGACAAACAUGAAAACAUUUACAGGUCAUUUCUCUCAAUCUAGUCAGUCAGUGAGCCUGGUGAUCAGAAGACCAAACUGAGCACAUGUAGAGUUCUUCAGCUUUUAGUGCACAUUAGAUUUAAUAGGAAAUUAACCAGAUGGUGCAUGUGAUCCUUCUGCACUCUUUGGUUUACAGCUGCUGUAAAUUUUACAAAUCACUAAAUGUCACACUAUUUUUAACUAUUUUUCGUCCAUUACUAAAUUUUAACAUUUUUAAUAACAAAGAACUUGGAGCACUGGUGUCAAACACUGAAUGUAUUUUUUUCUCAAUGACAAGACCCAAGGCUGCUGUUCUAUACAAACUGCCUACAAAAAAAACCCUCAUUUGCAAUACAUUGUAAUAUAUGAAUGAAAUUUCAUACCUGGGGAUCAUUAAUUAUCUUUAUUCUUGCUGAUUUGGGUGUCAGGUCUGGAUAUGAUUAUAUCUACAGGAUGAUCUUCUCAUGUAACUUGAAAAGCUUUAGUGCUUUUUACUUUUCAGCCCCACUACAGGUGUUCCCCAAGGCUCGGUUUUCAGUCCUCUUAUAUUCACCGCAUACACUAAAUCAGUGGGCUCAGUGAUCAGAUCCCAUGACUACAACUUAACUUCUGUUUUUAUUCAUCUUCAACACUAAAAGAUGAUAUCUGAAUGACUUGCUGUAUAGAAAUCCAUCAUUUGAUGUUAAAUCAAUCGAUCAGUCAAUCACUAAAUCAGUAUAAAACUCUUUUCUCUCGGUGUGUUACUGUGAUGUUGCACAAGCACCAGAGUAGCUGGAAAAGAUGUUCCUGUCUCUUGGAGGAUGCAUGUGUUAUCCUUCACCAUUCCCUGAUUGGUAGCUGACUUGUGAGAGGGUAGAAUUAGGUUGUGAGAGGGAAUUAGUAGGAUAAGAAAUUGGGAAGAUAGUGAGAAGAAAUUCCUUUUCAGCUUCAGGUUACAGAAUGAUCUUAUGAUAGCGUGGAUUGCACUUAUUGUUUAUGUUCUAAUACAGCUCUUCAACUCUAACCAUGAUUAGACAUGAACGAAUCAUUUAAUUAUUGCCUGAACCAAACUAGCAUUUGUAUGAAUCAGUAUUCAUUUGUAUACAAUGUGUUUUAAUGUUGAAGCCUUGAAGAGUCUCUAACGACUGCUGUACUUUUUCUCAGCGGCUCUGAAUAGACGCAUCUGCACAAUGACUAACUAAAAUAUAAAUGAAUUAGAAUAAAACUGCAGCAUUAUGAUUUAACUCAACUCUAAUUUAACGUAAAUUAAUAUAAAGACGGUUAGAGAGACAGUACGUUUUUCCAGCACUUUUAGUUAUUUUAGUUCUCAAUUGUUUUGCAGCAUAUCUUCAUUAUGGUAGUGGGAGUGUGUAGACCAGAUCUGUGACACUUCUGAGAUGUUAAACCUAAUUUGUAUUUAAUUAAUACCUUGUAUUUGGUAUUAAUGCAUGCUGCACUAAUCACUGUGUUUUAACACAAAAAAGUUUGUUGUAGACUCUGCUGCCUUGAUUCUUUUAAAACAAGUAAAUGUGUUCAUAUUCUAGUAUAAAACUCAAUAUUAAAUAAAAUGCUUUGAUUAUUUUUAAAAAUACAAAACUGUGUUUUAGGACUUGGAGUGUGCUUUAUUGCUUUUUAGCGUUUGUCGUAAAUCUCAUGUCUUUCCGUUUAACUGAUAUAACUCCGAUAUUAGUUGUUAUUAAUUAUGUAUUGUUAAUGGUGUACAGUAGCACUGCAUCAUGGUGAGCUGAUGAACAAUAAACCAGCUUUACUGUUG